GCAGGCAUCCAGGUGUGGGCGGGGCCCUGAGUGGGUAAGGGCAGGACCCGGGCGCCGGGGAUGCUCACCGCCGGUGAUCGACGCGGAAGCGCGUCGGCAGCUGCGUUCGCUCUGGCCUGGUUAGCCCAGGUGUGUUCCCAGCUCCAGAGCGGACUUCCUCAACAGACUUUCAGUGUGACUGGUCUCCGCCCACCGAGAGGGAUCCUGCCUGGAACCCCGCAACUCUGACAUGUACCCGAGCGCAACAUUCGCCCUCCCUUCACCAGCCCCGUAGGCUAGGCCUCUUCAUCCCCGCUUUCUUAGGAAUCUGUAGCCGAGAACACCAGUUAGAGAGGACGUGAAUGUCUCCCGCCCGCCAUCCCAGGGAGGUGGAGUUUAGGGGCCGGCUGACCUGGUGGGCUCUGUAGCCCUGGUGGGGGAGGGGACCGUUCCUGAGGCUGCCUGCGACAAAGACCCUGGGGUCUUUGUCUGAAGCUCCAUCCUCUCCCCUCCCCCAGUGGGCCCAGUGCCCUCCAGAGCAGCCCUUCUUCUCCCUGAAGCGGGCCCCUGCCUUAACGUCUUCCCUGUGUCUCAAUGGGCGAAAUCGAGCCAGUCCAGCCCCACGUGCUCUGUCCCAAUCACAGAGCUGUGGGAGGGGGUACCCACGCUCUUGUGGCCAUAAGGAAGCAAAUGUUGGAAGUAUGAAGCUGUGGGAGAGACAAGGUAGAAGGAGCCUCUCCUGGGCCUCACUUCUGUUCUGAAGCAGAAGCAAUGUCCCUCCCCCAGGGUUCACCAGUGGAACCACCAUUGGGAGAGCCCAGAGGUACAGAGAUAGACCCAGGAAGAUAAGGCUUCCAAGGGUUAGGUAGAUGGCUAUCUAUCAGACAGGCUCAUUUAUAGGCUAGAGUUAGCACAGCCACUCCAGUCUCUUACCACCAUCCUCAACUGCUCCCUUAAUCAUCUCAGAUCCCUAGGACCAUUUACACACUUGCACACACACACACACACACACACACACACACAUUCAGUUCACUCACAGGACACCAUUCCCCAGGACCUGCCUAUCACCACUGGCUAGGGAUGGGUUCCAGGGAUCUGUAUAGUUCCCUGGACCUCAGCUUAGCUGAGCUUACGUAUCUAAACCUCACUGGCACAGAAUGCACUCAUGGCCCUGCGUCUCCCUGGAGGCUCCUGGUAACAGACACCCUCCCCCCAGGUGCAGAAAUCCAUGGCAACAGUAUAGAACGCUUCCUUCUCUAGGCCUUCUGUGGGUUUAGGCCUCAGCUCCUGACCAACAUCGAGCAUGGCCCCUAAGUCUUGCCAGGAGUCUGAAGAUGAGCAGGUGUCCCCAGCUCCAGCAGGUGUAAAGCCAGACAGCAGUGACUUAGAGUCCCCAGUUGGCACACCUGUGGACACAGUGACUCCUUCGCGUUCCCAGAGCAGUAAGCCCUACUGUGCAUCCAUACCAGUAGGCUGCUCUUUCAAGCAGCAGUUAGCCCCUGAAACCCUGGACCCACGUACCCUGCGGCUGUUAUGGGAACAGAGAGAACUAGAGAUCCAGGCACUUCGGUGGGCUGUCCAGAAUAGCCAGAAUGCCCGACACUACUACAUCCUGCAGGAGGUGGCAGGGAUUCCCGCUGAGCGGCACUCCAAAAAUCAAGACAAAUUCCUGCAGAACCAGGUCCAGAAGCUUACGCUGGAGCUGAAAGCCCAGAAGGAACACGCUCAGCUGGAGAAAGAGCAGUUGGAGGAGAAACUUCGCCAGAACCUCUGUACAAUGCAGCAGAUGGAGGCUGAGCUGCAGACCUUCGAGAAAUCAUGCCUUCUACAGCUGGCCCGUUCCUCUUGGGUGGGACGUGUGAUUCGGUCUCAGACUGGCAGUGUAGAGGUGGUUACUGCAGAGGUUCUAAGAGACCCUACUGAGUCCUCUGAUUAUGUUGAGGUUCCCUCUGGCACGGAGGGUUUCCGAUUGGAGGAUGUAGAUUGGAACAGCGUUGCCCAACGAUAUCCCAACCUCUUCUCCAACAUGAGUUUCCACUCAGAACAAAAGCUGAUCCAGCCCCACCCGUCCCCCGAUAUGGAUACCUGGGACUCGGAGUGCGCCAUCAAGUCUAUGGAGAAGCCUGGCAAAAUCCUGGAGUGGAGCGCCUUGCCUUUGGUAGACUCCAGCAGCUCAGACUCUGACUCUAACAGCUACCAGCUAGUUCUGCAUUCUGGAACAAAGAAGGUGUCGGGCCACCCGGCCCAGGGAACAGACUUAGCUGCUUCUGAGCAGAUUCAGGAGCGCACUGGGAGCUUCAGUGGACACAUGGAAGAUCCCCAUAAGAGGCGCUCAGCGUCGUUUAGCAAGACUGUUCUGGAGUCCUGUACAGACCUUCACCACCAGUAUGCAAGGCCCCAGUUGAACCUGCUUGGCUGCUCCUUGAAGAUCGCUGCGGUCAGCCACCGAGAGAAGUUCAUCCGUAUCCUCAACCAGUCUCAGGCAGAGACCGUCGACCUGGGUGGCUUUGUUCUGAAGCAGCUUGUGAGGGACUUCCCUGUGUGCAUGUACCGAUUCCCGCCUGGUACUCUGCUAGCCCCACAGCACCAUAUCACGGUAUGGGGCGAAGGAACCAGCAGGACCAAGAAGCAGCUGCCGGUGUCCUCGGGCCAGGACCCCUUCUACUUCCAAUCCAGUCGCGGCUGUGUGACAAUGCUGGUCAACCCUCAAGGCCAGGUCCUCAGUGAGCAUCAAGCUGCACCCUGCAUGACCCUGGGCUCGAAGAUCUUCAAAGACAACACUGACUGGUCCAUUGACCGCUUCCCGCUCUCAGAGUCCGAGCCCAAUGCUGACCCUGGCGAAGAGCAGCAUCGUCCUCCAUCCCCACACAAGGGCAGGGUGCGGGGUGCUGGGGCCCGGCGCAAGAAGCCGAGGCCAGGUGUCCGCCAGCAAAGGCUCUCCCGCACCAGCACUAGCGGACAGAGGACUUCAGGAUCUCUUCGCCUCAACGAGACCCGGGAUAUCUUGCCGCUCCUGAGCACCCGCAAGCUUCUUUGCCCUGGGGAAGUUCCUGCACAGCAGGAAGGGGUGAAGACCGAGACAUCUGAACUCCUGCCUGCAAUCCCAGAGUGUGCCUCAAGAAUGUGCCUCGAGGACUCGCUGGGUAGGCAGGACCAGCGCAAGGUCCAGGUGUGCCGGAAGAGCGUGGACCUGAGCUGCCCCAUGGUGGCCCUGUCAGUGCAGAACACGGCCGAGAGCAGAUAUGGCUUCCGCUUCCUCUGCUACCCACCCAUCACUGAGGAUUUGUCCCGGCGGUUGUAGGGCAGCCAGGCCGGGCAGGCAGUGCCAGCUGCAUAAUUUAUUGAACCAACCGUUGCUUACAAAGUAAAGCACAUUUCUGCACACUU